AGUCCAUAUAUCACAAGGUUCAAUCAUCUCUUGGAAAUACCGAAAUUGGAACGAUGGUUUUGUAGCGAUGCCAAUCCAUCCCGGCAGAAAUUGAUUAAUUAUAUGAACGUACUCAAUGGUUCCAGUUAUCGGCGGCAUAAUGCUAAAGUAACAUAUCAGCAAAUCUGUAACUGGUUUGCUAAUCAACGAGCUGCUAAUAGAAAAUCACCGCAAUCGAAUCAUACUACUAUUACACAUUGUCCACCAUCGGUGGCACAGUCAUCCAUUUUACUUCCACCCCAGUCACAUUCCAGUCCAUCCGGUGAAUUCCGUCCAAAAUUUGACUUUAAUAGUUUGCUGGACAGCAAGCAGGCCAAUGGAAGUACUAGUGAACGUAUCGAAGGAGGUUCAGAAUCACCGACACCGAAUGAUGAUGUUAGUGUUCAUAGCGCUAGCGAUUGUGGUUUCGAUCAGGUUUCUGUCCUGAAACAGAAUUCUGCAACCUCAUCUCCGGAAAUAUCUUUCGACUUAAAUGGUGGCCAUGCGUCAGUAUCGCCGAAACCAGCUGGUGGAGAAAAUGUUGGACAUCAUCAGGUAACAAGUAAUGGCAGUGGGAAUGGUAACAGCACAGCAGGGCAACCACAACAAACACCGUCCAAUACAGUCGCUCGAUCAAGGUUAAUGUUCGACCCACUCACGGAGUUACCAGUUCUAGAAAAAUGGUUUGAAGAGAAUCCACAUCCUACUUGGCUCCAGAUUGAUCAUUAUACGGAAGCGCUGAACAGUUGUCAGUAUAGACAAAGUUAUCCACCAAUCUCGACGCACAAUGUCAAAAUCUGGUUCAAAAAUCGACGGGCCAAGUGUAAGCGUAUGCAGACUGGCGAUUUGAAUUUGAAGAUGAUGAUCUGAGACGUUUCCGCCUCAUGAACUCAAAAAAAAGGCUGCACCAGUCUAGAAUCUUGCUCAGUGAAUAAGCUAAAUGCUCGAAUAUAUUGCUAUGUAUAAUUGAUAGAAGUGAGUAUAAACAAAACGAACAAACCAAGCUGCUUUCAUGCUA